CAAAACAGGACUGAGUUAAAUGUAUGUUUGUUUUAGUCUGUUCUGAUGUGAUCUCUUAUGUACAGUAAUCAGACACCAGAAUCAAACACAUGUAGGAUGUUGUUGCCUUUUAUGCACAAAAUCUAACAUAGCUCUGAAGACUGCAGAUAAUCAAGCUCUCCGUCAAAGGACAAGAUGCUUCUAAUUCUCUCUCUCUCUCUCUCUCUCUGUCUGUGUGUGUGUGUGUGUGUGUGUAUAUGUAUGUCCCUAUAGACUGUAAAUAUGGGUCAUUUAAAACCACAAUCAGGUGACAGUCACAUUAUUGCAGCUCUUUGCUGCCCCCUUUUGGGCUUUAAGAAACCUUUUAUUUGAUCAUAUUCCAAAGUGGAAGGCAUUUUAUAAUGCCCAAUUCAUAGUCAAGCACUGUUUUUAUAUUUUCGUUAGGUGUGGCAUUAAAUUAUUAAGAAACAUAAAAAUGUAGAAUUCAUAAAGCUACCUUGCCUGCCGCAACCCUGUUGCCUACCUUUAAGAAAAAAAAUGCCUAUAUGCGCCUGUAUGGUAAUAACUCCACAUUUAACUCUUAUUUUUUUAAACAUCAUUAUAGAUACACAUGUGGCUCGCCAAUUGAGGAAAAACGUAUUAUGUAAUGAUUUUGCCGCAGUAACUAAAUCUGCAAUGAAAUUGGGCGUGGCUCUUGUCUCCGGUUGGUCUGGUACGUUUUGUUUUAAAUAAUGGUUGUUAUGUUAAUAAUAUAACUAUUUAAAUUCUUCACAGUGUAGCCUAUUUUACAAAUUAAUGGAUAUUUAAAAAACCCCGUAUAGACCGCUGCAGAGUAAGGACGUUGAAUGUGAUCUGUUACUUUUCUCUGCGAUUGUCAAGAUAGACCAAUCACAGUCGUCUGGUUAUUCAGUACUGCAUAGUGUGGAGGAAAAAAAAACAUAUUAUAGAGGUUACUUUGGCCGAUUUAUCUCAGUAUGUCAUGUAUCAGUGCUUGGAAUUUGUAGACUAAAAUAUAACAUAAACAUAUUAAUGUACAAAUGUCUCAAGUAUGAAAAUAUCAAUGCAUUUUAUUUGCAGGAUUCUGCUUUUUAAGUCUCCUUGCGCCCUCUAGAGGAAUAUAACCGCUCGUCUCACAGUAAUGGUAACAUUUGGGAGCAUUACACACACGCUCACUGCAGUCCCUCACACGCUGGGACAAAGCUUAACAUGAUAUGUUAGUUCAUUAAACAGGACCUCAUUGCAAGAAUACUCGUAUCUGGAUUUGGAGAGUGCCAUUUUAAGCAGUGAUCCAUAUUUUUGGUGGUGUCUCUGACAGUUCUGUCCUGGAUGGAGCCAAUUUGUGCCACAGGGGUCGCUGCUCGUUUGAGGAGCGAAUGGGAUCGAAAUGCGGGGUUGGGUCAGAACAAUAUGGCCUUGAAGUUCUUGGGCCAAGAUUUUGAAACCUUGCGUGCCCACUGCCUUCAGAGUGGAUGUCUGUUUGAGGAUGAAACAUUCCCAGCCCAGCAGACUUCUUUAGGAUUCAAGGAGUUGGGCCCCGGCUCUGCAAAAACCAAAGGUGUUCACUGGAAGAGGCCCACGGAGUUCUGCACUGACCCACACUUUAUUGUAGAUGGCGCCACACGCACAGACAUCUGCCAAGGAGCUCUAGGUGAUUGCUGGCUGCUGGCAGCCAUUGCGUGCCUUACCCUCAAUGAACCCUUGCUGCAUCGGGUAGUGCCUCAUGGCCAGAGCUUCCAUCAGCAAUAUGCUGGAAUCUUUCACUUCCAGUUUUGGCAGUUCGGGGACUGGGUGGAUGUGGUGAUUGACGACCGGCUGCCUGUCAGAGAUGGGAAACUGCUUUUUGUCCACUCAGCUGAGGGAGCGGAGUUCUGGAGUGCCCUGGUGGAGAAGGCAUAUGCAAAGUUGAACGGCUGCUAUGAGGCUCUAUCUGGAGGCUGCACGUCUGAGGGGUUUGAGGAUUUCACCGGUGGAGUGACAGAGAUGUAUGAGCUGAAAAAACCUCCACCCAACCUCUUCAGCAUCAUCAGAAGAGCUGUGGAGAGAGGCUCCCUGAUGGGCUGCUCCAUAGAUAUUACAAGUUUCUUUGACAUGGAGGCGAUCACCUUUAAAAAACUGGUGAAAGGCCAUGCAUACUCUAUUACUGGAGAGGAAGAGGUGGAGCACAGAGGAAAGCUCACAAAGCUGUUGCGCAUCAGAAACCCUUGGGGAGAGGUGGAGUGGACAGGACCCUGGAGUGAUGAGUCAAAGGAAUGGCGAGAAAUCGACCCGUCUGUAAGGUCCCGUCUGCACAACUGCCAAGAGGAUGGAGAAUUCUGGAUGUCAUUCAGUGACUUCAUGCGAGAGUUCAGCAGACUAGAGAUCUGUAACCUGACACCGGAUGCACUACAGAGCAGCGAGGUGAAGAAGUGGAACACAUCCCUGUAUCCUGGUGAAUGGAGAAGAGGAAGCACUGCUGGUGGCUGCAGGAAUUAUCCAGCAACAUUUUGGAUCAAUCCCCAGUUUAAAAUAGUCUUAAAGGAACCAGAUACUGAGAGUCAAGAAGACUGCACUUUUCUAGUGGCCCUGAUGCAGAAGAAUCGCAGGAAGUUACGUCGGGAGGGCAAAGACAUGGAAACGAUUGGAUUUGCCGUUUAUGAGGUCCCUGAAGAGUAUCUGGGCCGGGUGGGUGUGCAUCUGAAGCGUGAUUUUUUCCUCACCCACACAUCCAGCGCUCGUUCUGAGCUCUUCAUCAACCUUCGAGAGGUGAGCUCACGUUUCUGCCUGCCAGCGGGGGAAUAUAUCGUCGUCCCCUCCACCUUUGAGCCCCAGAAAGAAGGAGACUUUGUGCUGAGGGUCUUCUCAGAAAAGGCUGCUGACUCUCAGGAGCUAGAUGAUGAAAUUUCAGCAGAUGUACCCGAGGAGCCUGCGCUCCAGGAGAGCGACAUUGACGAGGGCUUCAAGGCACUUUUCGCAAAGUUGGCAGGGCCGGAAAUGGAAAUCAAUGUGUCAAAACUCCAGAUGAUUCUGAACCGGGUUGUUGGCAAACAUAAAGACAUAAAGACAGACGGAUUUCACAAAGAGGCCUGUCGAGGCAUGAUAAAUCUUAUGGAUACAACUGGCACUGGAAAGCUGGGACUAACAGACUUCCAUGUGCUCUGGGAGAAGAUCAAACGAUAUCUUGCAGUGUUUAGGGAGUUUGACUUGGACAAGUCCGGCACAAUGAGCUCUUAUGAAAUGCGUCUGGCGCUAGAAUCAGCAGGCUUCAAGUUGACCAACAACUUGUUCCAGCUGAUAAUCCUACGCUACGCAAAGACAGAUCUCAACGUGGACUUUGACAGCUUUGUGUCUUGUCUGAUCCGCCUGGAGACUAUGUUCAAAACUUUUAAAACAAUGGACACUGAUGAAGAUGGAUCUGUAUCCUUCAGCUUCACCCAGUGGAUCACCCUCACUAUGUUUACCUAGAUGGAUGUUCCUCUUCCUCUGUGCUUCCUCUGUCCUUACUUCCUCUUCUUUACUACAUGCCUCCUGUAACCUCAGUAGUAUUCAUGAAGUGGGUAAAUGACUGACAAUAAGG